AUGAGCAAAACAGAGCGUGGGGAUAGGGAAGAAGCACCGGUUUUCGAGGUCGGUACUGGAAUGGCUUUUCUCAGCGGACUAAUAAGUGAAUAUUCGCCCACAGUGCUUCCAUUUGACCUAAAUGGCCCGAUUUGUCAGUCAGUCAGCAUCUGUCAGAAUACUGCUGGGAGCGGGAGGCUGUCUUUGCAGCACAUCGUAACAGCAUUGGAAAUUUGUGGCGUCGAGGUUCACACACGAAAAACAUCUGAAGCGCACCCGAUCUGUCGGUAUGGUUGUUCAAAAGGGAGUUGGGCCCGCGAUGUUUUGAUACAGCCCUGCGUCUUUCUUAAAUGCCUUCAUCGACCACCUGUUCUGACUCCUACUUACACUGAAUUACCUAAAGCAAAGUACACGCCAAUGCAUAUUUACGAGGAGAUGUAUGGCUUAAGUCUAAUCAACCCAGGCUACAAAGACAUUGGCAGUAUGACACUUUUGCCCAGACUGUUGGCAGAGCAAACCGGUUCUUGGAUGGAAGAUGCGGCUCUGGUUCGAGCUUUGCUAAUCGCCGAUGCAUGUGUUGCACCACAUCACCUGGCAGCCGAUCCUAUAUGGGCAAAAGUGGCAUGCGACGGUGACGUAGCAUCGAUAGAACAGGAACCGAUGGUUGUAGACCCAGGCCCGUUCAACGACGUUUCCAUCAGCAUAUGCGCUGUCCCUUUGGACACAUGGGUUAGCAUGCACACCGGCUGUCCCCAGCUUCCGGAAGGCUGGGAAUUGAAUUUCUGGAACGGCGGCAACAUUGCCGUAGUUCCCAUAGAGUCAAGUUUUCUUCAAAAUCAGGCAGUCUGGCUGUAUAUUCUGUCAUUUGUGACGACUCAGCUGUGGAACGGAUUACAUUUGUACAGGGCCAUAAUAAAACCCAACAAGGAGCUAUGCAGUGCGAGCCCAAACACGGAGCACAUUGUUGUGAAAUUCAAACCGUUAGCCACGAAUGUUGUCGUGGGUGGGGCUUCACGUAUUUUGUUGGUGCUAGCAGACCAGACUUCUCGACUCGACUUGAGAGAAGUACAUGUCACGGAUAUCAAAAUACCAAUAUGGCGGCCGUCAGAAGAGGCGGUGUCCCCUGUUGAUGUGACCGAAAUCCUGAGACGAAAGGCAGGCACUCGAGGAGCCGCCGAUGAUGUUCGGAGCUUAUGGCCUAUUGCGUGGCAGUACCUCAUGCGCUAUACUGCCACGGAGGCGAGCGUACAGAGAGCCAUAUAUCUUGUUGCUGAAACCACCAGAAAUCUCGAUCUGGGUUUUGCAUCUAAUCCAGCUAAGGCUUUUCCAGUUUAUUCAAUUCACCUCAAGUCAGAUUUUUUGCCAAACUUGCCUGACGUUAAUUUCGAUGUCAAAAAGUGGGAGGAUCCUAAUAUGAACAUUCAAGAUGCAAUCACAAAUAUUAAUAUUCACAACGUCUAUCCGCAUGGCUUCCACCCUGGAGCGUGGAUUAGUUUCAAACUUACGGACGGUGGGACCAAAGACAUAUUGACACUUCUUAACUUUUGUGGCGCUGGUGCCGGUUGUAACUGCCAUGAGGCAUCGCCUGACGUGCUUGUCGCUCGGUUUGUUGGCUUGAUCGCGCCUGGCACCGCUGUUGAAUUUUCUAACUUAACCGCAGUGCAUGAAAAUGUGUCCGCUGUAGCUGCUUUCCAAUGUAUUGGAACUGCAUGGAUGCAGUCGGUGGCAGGUGUAUCCUGGAUAACCUGGGCUUUGAACGAUGAACAGGACGGCUACGAAAUGUGCAACAUAGUAGUGAAUAAGAUGGUUAAUGAAGCUACAUUCCGUCACAUAGUACGAAUUGGCCCAGAUCCGGAUUGGGCUAGUUAUGUCAUAUCUUGCUUCGGAAUUGACAAUCUCACGUCAUCAACACUCGUCAGUUGGUGGGCAUUAAAAUACGUCGUGCAGAAGAUGAACUAUAUGAUUCCAGCCUACAUCGAAUGCAGGAAAAUGUUAGUGGGUACGGAAGACAGGGUUGGCUUGUUUUUCACCAAAGCAUCGGAAUGGCAAGCUCUCCAACGAAUGUCUAGUCGAAUAGCGGUGCGCGAAGCAUCUGAAGUCCCAUCAUAUGCCAGUACGGGUUCUGAGUCACCAGAAAUGAAGUUCUGA